AUGUAUGCCUCGAAGGAUUUCUACCCCCACCAUAGGGCCAGUCACUCGCACGGUCAACUUCGAAAUGUGCUCGCUGCGCGAAGCAGAAACGACGUCUUCUAUGCAUCGAAGAGUAGAGUAAUGCACACUUCGCUGAGUUGUCCUGCGUAUACCGAUGUAGUCGUCAAUUUCAGUGGCGCAUCAACGAAUCCAAACCAAGCCGGAGACGCCCAUGUUACUACCAUUGCUGUCUCACCCGCCACGGACUUUGAAGGAUAUUGCUCCGAUGCCGUGUUGGUUACUGGUGGGCUGGAGGGCGAGUAUUCCCUGCUCAACCUCAACUCUGCCCUAGGCGAUCGUCCCACCGAAGGAUUCGUGACUGUCGCCGAGCAGAAAGAAACAACUCACGUCCACAUACUUGGUCAUCGCCGCACGGGUGCUUUGGGGGCUGCCUUUUGCUCCAACGACAGUAAAGUCCGCCUACUCGACAUUGACUCCAACUCCUGGUCCGCCGAGUUCGCGUACGAGCACCAGAUCAAUUGUGCUGCAACAUCACCCGACGGCCGACUAAGAAUGAUUGUUGGAGACUCUUGCGAGUCGCUCAUCACUGACGCCGAAAGGGGAAAUGUGUUGUUCAGCAUGCAGCAGCAUACAGGCUAUGGAUUCGCGUGCGCCUGGGCUGCUGACGGCUGGCAUGUAGCGACGGGCAGUGAGGAUGGCAAAGUUGUGGUAUACGAUGCUCGAAGGUGGGAUGUGCCGUUGGCGAAUCUUUCAUGCGAGAUGAGCUGUGCUAGAUCGCUGCACUUUACCGCUUCGAAUCGCGGAGGAGCAUCAUUGGUGGUGGCCGAGUCGGAUGACAUUGUCAGCGUGUACGACGCGAUGAAUUGGUGUGAUAAGCAGACGAUCGACUUCUUUGGCUCGGUGGUCGGAGCAGUGUCGGUGGACAAUGGGCACGAAUUGAUCGUGGCCAAUGGCGACGAGACGGUUGGUGGACUGAUGGUGUUUGAGAGAAGGUCGCAUAUACCCGAUGAGCUGGACGACCCUGACCAGGUUCCGAGAGAUCAACAUGGGUCAGGACUGAGCUUUGAUGAUUUGAUGCUGCAAGGUCUAAGAUAUGGGAAAUGA